AUGUCGUCUUGUGAAGACGAGGCUUUCCAUCAUUCAGGCGACAAGAACUCUUGUACGGUCGAGAACGCACACUUCAGACUCAUGGGCGAGCACUUGAUCACCAGGACGACUGAUCAGCAUCGUCGGAUGAUGGCGACAGAUACGCAGAAGAUAACCCACCAGCACCAUCAAGCGCCAAGGAGAGAUGACCGAGACGGCCGUGCAUCGCCUACCAACGUGAGCAGGUCCACCAAACCAGUGGUGAAAAGCACACCACAAUGUCUUGAAUUGCAUGACUGGCAACUGGCGUCAGCAAACUCGAAUGGACAAUUCUCACCCCUCAGCCCCAGCCCGGCCACAAGCGUUGACUGUAGACCAGAAAGCUGGCUCAAGGAUCGCGACAAGACUGAGCCGCCAGGCAUAUAUGCAUACUGCUUGGACAGGGGCAAUGGAAACUAUACCAGGUUGAUACCAGCAGACAUGCUGCCGCCAGCAUUGGGCAUUCCUGCCAUACAGCAGGGCUCUAGGGGGAUGAUGGUGCUACCGCUCCCAGGCGCUGAGCCUGUCCGAGGCCCGUCAAACAAUGUGCAGCCUGUCACGUUGAAGUUACUUCAGCCCCCGGCGGCGCCGUGUUCGGAGGUGACCAACAAGGCCGCGGUGCUGUGGCUGAAGCAGAUCAGAGCAAAGUAA